GUGGCCAUCUGCUUCUUCGAUGUAGUGAGCAUCCAUCAGUCAGACAGAGACCUCACGGAGAGAGGGAUCUACGGCCUAGGUGGCUUCCUCAAAGUGUCCAGCGAGCUGCGGGUGCUUUGGAGUGGCCCCUACCUGUCUCGUCUCUGGUGUGUUUUUGAAUUGGCUGCAUACAGGAAGGCAAAUCCGGAUGGCCUCAUCAAGGUGACUCCGCUAUUUGUAGAAGCUGGCGUCCUAGCCCUCAUUCUCGGGUCCUACUGCGCUGGCUUUGGAUUCUUCGUUGUCUUUGCACUCCACCUGCAUGCAUCUUUUCGACUGGCAGCUUAUGGCAUCGCGUUGAUCCCCGUCUACUUUCUGAUGCAUGCCAUGCGCAAGAACAAGAGAGCCAAACAACAGCUUGUCAACGAGCUGAAGAACUUUGAUUUGACAAAAGCCUUGUGCCGCACCGACUUCGACAGGGAUUUCAUCCACAGCGCAAUCGUCCACUGGUACGGUAGCAAGGAGAAGUUUGUCGAUCACGUUCGUGGACCCUUGCGCGAGGAGCUUCUGGCAGAGGGGACUCUGAAUAUACCCCUGCCCUACUUGCUCCUAGUGACAAUAGCAGCAAUGUGUUCCAGCCUGAACUCUGUGGUGGCAUACUGGGUUGGGGGUGCCUCUGUGGAUACCGUUCUCUCACAGCUCAUAGGUGGCACCCUUGCCCUUGAGUUCUUCUGGUUUUUGCCCAUUACAAAAUUCAGCAUCUACUUGUGCGACCGCUUUGCGGACCCUGUGUGGACAUCCUGCUGCAUGGAUUAUAUGCAGACUGGCGCCAUCUUCCUGUGCUUCUUUGCUUUGUAUUAUGCUGGUGACGAGAUGGCUACCGCCGCCCAAAGUUCUGGUUUAGCAACAACUUGUGCAUGGUGUUUCUUUGCCUGGACUGUGUCCUGGAUGUUCUGCUUCCAGGGAUAUGUACAUAUCCGACGUUUCACAAGACUUGCCUUCAGCGGGUGCUGA